GUGGGGAAAAAAAGUUGAGUGCCACGUCUGCGCGUAUGGGCCGUCAGAUCCAAACGCAAGGGGCAGGCAACAAAAGGAGAAACAUCUGAAAAGGGCGCGAUGUGUGUUGUGCUGGUUAAUUGUAUACGUGUUCUUCAAGCGCUGGUUUUCUCGGUUUUGCUGGAUUACGCCAGCAAUGCUCUGAUACCAGAGGCUGAGGUGAAAAUCGAGGUCCUGCAGAAGCCUUUCCUCUGUCACCGGAAGACCAAGCUAGGUGACUUGUUACUGCUACAUUAUGACGGAUAUUUUGAAAAUGGGACAGUGUUUCACUCCAGUCACCGUGACAACAAUGGCCAGCCAGUGUGGUUCACACUUGGGAUUAAAGAAUCGCUUAAAGGUUGGGAUAAAGGAUUGCGUGAUAUGUGUUCUGGAGAGAAGCGGAAGCUGACCAUCCCGCCAGCCCUGGCCUAUGGAAAAGAAGGAAGAGGGAAAAUUCCACCUGAAACGACAUUGGUAUUUGAAAUUGAACUUAUUGAAAUCAGAAAUGGCCUGCGGUCCCAUGAUGCAUUCCAGGAGAUGGACCUUGAUGAUGAUUGGAAAUUAUCUAAGCAUGAGGUAAAAGAGUAUCUGCGCCGUGAAUUUAUAAAACACGGAACUGAGCAAAAUGACACAGAGCCGGAUAUAAUGGUGGAAAACAUCUUUAAACAUGAAGAUGAAGACCAAGAUGGAUACAUCUCUGCCAGAGAAUUCACGUAUAAACAUGAUGAGCUGUAAACAUGAUCAGCAUUUUUGUAAUGUACUUUGACGAUGCUAAAAAGAAUAUAAUCACUCCAUGACAAAGUAACCAAGAGUACACUCGGUGGCCACUUUAUUAGGUACACCUGCUCCUUAAUGUAAAUAUCUAAUCAGCCAAUCAUGUGGCAGCAACUUAAUGCCUAAAAGCAUGCAGACAUGGUCAAGAGGUUUAUUUGUUGUUCAGACCAAACAUCAGAGUGGGGAAGAAAUGUGUUGUAAGUGACUUUGACCAUGGAUUGAUUGCUGGUGCCAGACACGGUGGUUUAACUAUCUUAGGAAGUGCUGAUUGUUGGGAUUUUCACACAUACCAGUCUCCAGAGUUUACAGAGAAUGGAGUGAAAACAAAAAAAAAUCCAGUGAGCAGCACUUCUGUGGGCAAAAUCGCCUUGUUAAUGAAAGAGAAUGGCCAGAUGGGUUCAGGCUGACAGGAAGGCAACAGUAACUUAAAUAACCAUGCGUUACAACAAUGGUGUGCAGAAGAGCAUCUCUGAUUGCCCAGCACAUUGGUCCUUGAAGUGAAUUGUCUACAGUAGCAGAAGACCGCAAUGGCAUUCAUUACUGUACCUAAUAAAGUGGCCACUAAGUGCAUAAAGAUGGUUUUAAAUGUUUACAAUUAAAAUAUUGUGCUGAAUUAUUAGAUGAAAUUUCUGUUCAUUAAGGAAAUGUUUCACCUUGUGGUGUUGACAUGAAAUAAAUUAAUCCUGUCUGCAUUUUACCAAUGAACAUUUUGACACAUCUAAAAAUACUCAGUGUAUAUUUAUCAGCAAAGAGAGCUAUAUGACAAGAGUACAUAACCUUUGUAAUUUUUUCCACUAUCUGCUUUUACCUGUUUAUUAAUCCUUCCAACCUCGCUGUCCAUCACAUUUGGUUCAACUUUGUACACUUCAGCUAAGAAUGUGACUUUUUAAGAUAGCAGAAGAACACACAUAAAAUGCUGGAAGCACUCAGUGGGUCAGGCAGUAUCCAUGGAAAUAAGUAAACAUCUUACCUCUUCUAUUUUCCUCACCUGCCUAUCAUCUCCCCCAGUGCUCCUCCUCUUUCCCUUUCUCCAAUGGUCACCCCCUAUCAGAUUCUUUCUUCUGCUCUUUAAUUUUUCCACCUGUCACCUCCCAGUUUCUUACUUCACCCCCUCCCCCACCCUUAUCACCUUCUAGCUUGUUCUCCUUCCCUUCCCCCACCUUAUUCUGGCUUCUUCCCCCUUCCUUUCCAGUCCUGAUGAAAUGUCUUUGCCCAAAACAUCGACUGCUUAUUCCUUUCCAUUUAUGUUGCCUGAUCUGCUGAGUUCCUCCAGUAUUUUGUAUGUGUUGCUCUGGAUUUCCAGCAUCUGUAGAAUCUCUUGUGUCCAUGGCAGAAUUCUUUGAUAAUUUAUUCCACCUCAAUUCUACUCAGAGUACUCCUGCAGUUUGUGAAUUAUUGCAUCCAAUUUUUAUUCAAGUACUAUAGUCUUUGCCUCUGCUGUCCUCAAAGUCUAUUCCAUAUGUUGUUCUCUUCACCAAAAAUCGUUACAUGUGCAUUGAUCAAUUUAAAACAGUUCCCAAGUUGUAAACUGAUCUUCAUAUUAAUUAUAAUCCAGAUCCAAAUCCCUUGUCAAGUCAAGUCAACUUCCCAUACUUUGUCCCAUACUUCCAAUUUAAAGUCAGUUUUUUCAAUUUGUUUCUGAUUCCCUACUUUCCUGCCCAGCAAAUCUCUCACUUUUAAUAACAACUGAAACCUCUGACAACUGUUUUGUGACCAUUCUAUGUACUUAAACGUCAGUCUCUCAGCAAUCAGAUUUUGCACACUGAUUGAGAUGUGAUGAAUUUUAUUGUCAUAUCUCUGUACAUUUUUCUUUGUUAAUUCUUAGAUUUAACAUUACAUAGAUUAGAUAUGUUACACGUCAAUCUUAUAAGCUUCAUGCUUAUUUACUUUAAAUGUAAAGACAUAAACGGAUUAGCUUUAUUUGCUACAUGUACAUCAAACCACGCGUUGAAAUGUGCCAUUUUGUGUCAGUCUGAAGGUGUGCUGGGUACAGCCCAAAAGUGCCAACAUAGCAUACCCACAACUCACUAAACCUAACCCAUACAUCUAUGGAGGGUGUGAGGGAACUGGAGCACCCUCGUGUUCUCAGGGAGAAAGUACAAACUCCUUACGGGACAGCAGCGGGAAUCGAACUCCCAAUCAGUGAUCGCUGGUGCUGCAAGGCGAUUGCACUAACCGCUAUGCUACCCUGCCUUUGAGUUUCCAGUGGGAACAAGGUUUGGUAAUUCUGUUAAAAAGUGAAAAAUUUCUCUUUUACAGAUUUCUAUAUUUGCUUUAAUUCUGAGGAUGAGUUAGGUGAGCAUUGUGUGCAGAAUUCUGCUCAGUAGAAGUGUCAAUCUCAUGUUUGCUUUUUUUAAAAAAAGAAAAUUAUUGUUUACUUCCUAAUAGCUUUUAAUAGUAUUUGUUAGCCAGCAAUAUUUUUAAUUGUAUUUGUAAAUUCAAGCUCUAUAGUGUACAGUUCUGCAAUAAACUCAUGGAUUAAGGAACACUAUCUGCAUUCUGCAGGCUACAUUGGGUUAUACCAUAAUUGGGUAAACUUGUUUACAUUGAAGGCAACUACAGCCUCUUCUACUAAACUAUUCUAUAAUGUGUAGUUUCUUCAGAAGUAACUAUCGUAUUAUAGUAAAACUUCCUGCUAUGGCAUACUUCACUGAAAUCUGCUUUAAUUUAUUAAAUGUCAUCACUGAGAUGGGAAUUUGAAAGCAGUACUUGCUUGGUCAAUUAAUUGUCUGAAUGAGAGUACAGAGCCACCUUAAUCACAUGAUCUGCAGUAAUACAUACAAAAUGCUGGAGGAACACUGCAGGUGAGGUAGC